CAUUGCAGCAGAGCGAGCCAGGGCGGAGGGCAGGCGGCGAGCUGUGUGUGUGUACGCGCGCUGCCUGGCAGAGGAGGCUGCCCCGCUUGCCGUGCAGCCAGGGAGGAGACUCUCCCCCGGCCCCCACGCAGCAGCCCCCUGCUCUGGAAACGCUCCCCGGAGCCCGGCCCUAGAGGACGCGGCUCCGCGGGCGUGAGAGGGACACGCAGGGCGCCUGCGGGCCGGAGGAGCGCCGGGCCGGCGGCGGGGGAAUUUGACAUGCACGAUGGAGGUGAAAAAGGAUGAAAAACAAGCUGCUAUGCUGGACAAAGGUGAAGAAGAUGAAUGUUUAGUAGAACUUCAUUACGUUGGAACGAUGUUCUAAAUAAUUCUUCUAGACAUCUUCCAUAUAUAUUUUAUAUAUCUACAGAGACUGAUAUGACUGAAAAUUUGGCUCAUCAGCAAUAUAUGCUGGAAGAAGCCUGCAUGGAACGUAAGAUUUGUUUUAGUUCAGAUUAUGUGAAAAAAUUAUAGACUUCUACCUAUUAUUUAUUAACCUUGCAUCUCAAUUCAGCCAUACCAAACUAGUCUUUAAAGUGAAUAGAAGCAGAGCCUUUGUGGAUAUUUUUAUUGAACAUGACUCAUGGAGAAGAGCUUGGCUCUGAGAUGCACCAGGAUUCUGUUGUUCUAACUUACCUAGAGGGAUUACUGAUGCAUCAAGCAGCGGGAGGCUCAGGUACUGUAGUUGACAAAAAGCCUAUUGGGCAUAGUGGAGAGGAUCAAAACUUUAAGAUUUCUGGAAAUAUAUUUCCCAACUGUCAAAGUAAUGGUCCAGUUGUUAACACACACACACAUCAGGGAUCUGGCAUGUUGCAUCUCAAAAAAGCAAGACUAUUGCAGUCUUCUGAAGACUGGAAUGCAGCAAAGAGAAGGCGGUUGUCUGAUUCCAUUGUGGAUUUGAAUGGAAAAAAAGAAGCUUUGUUAGCUGGCAUGGUUGAAAAUGUGCCUAAAGGCAAACAGGAUAGCACAUUACUUGCCUCUUUGCUUCAGUCAUUCAGCUCUAGGCUGCAGAGUGUUGCUCUGUCACAACAGAUUAGGCAGAGCCUCAAGGAUCAAGGGUAUUCCCUCAGCCAGGAUUCUUUACAAGUGGAGAAAGAUGUAAGGUGCUAUGGUGUUGCAACUAGUCGCUUGAAGACUCUGCUGAAGAAAAGAAAAGCAAAAGAUCAAAAGCUUGACACCACUCUGCCUGAUGUAACAACGAACCUGCCUAAAGAGAGGUUUAUAGAAUCUCCACAUACAGGGCAGAAUGGACCCAAGGUGAUGAAUGACCCUCUCUCAUGUGCUGCAAGAUUACAAGCAGUUGCAAGCAUGGUAGAGAAAAGAUCUAGUCCUACUGCUUCGCCUAAACCCAGCGUAGUGUGUAGUCAGCUAGCUUUACUUCUUUCAAGCGAAGCUCAUUUGCAGCAGUAUUCCAGGGAACAUGCUUUAAAAGCACAAAAUGCAAAUCAGAUAGCAAGUGAGAGACUUGCUGCCAUGGCCAGAUUACAAGAAAAUGCCCAGAAAGACCUUGGCCAUUUCAGUCUGUCAAAAGGAAUACCAAGCCAUCUUAAUGGUCAAAUGAGAUCAUCAACCAAAACAGUAACUAACAAGAGCAAUAUGGCACCAUUUCAGAGCCCCAUUGGAAUUGUUCAUUCUCCUCCCAAAAAUUUAGGAUACAGAAAUACAUUGGAAAGAAACAAUUUAAAACCAUCUCCCAGCAACAGUUUGCUUUUACAUCUUCUUAAAAGUCAGAAUGCAACUAAACAAACAAAAGGGCAUGAGCAGAAUGAGAGAGCGGGUAUUUCUGAGGACAGUAGCACACCAACUACUGUGGAUGAGUAUUCAGACAACAAUCGUAGUUUUACAGAAGAUGACAGCAGCGAUGAUGAAAGCUCCCAUUCUAACUGUCUUCCUAUAGAUUUAUCUUUCAAACAGAGGACAGACAAACAAGAUUCUGGACAGCCUGCUUCUCUAGAUAAUCUGACUCAGCCAUUGUUUCAUAAUUGGGAUCCAAAAAUUCCAUGUCUAGAGAACAGUAUGGAGAAUAAAGAAGAUAAAGACACUCCUAAAGGUUCUAAACUGAAUCCACAUCAGAAGGUAACACUGCUUCAGUUAUUACUUGGGCAUAAGAGUGAAGAUAACAAAGAUAAAGAUACAGACCCUCAGGGACCACACAGUACAGCUGAUGUGGCAAAAUUUACUGUACAAACUGGUAAGAGGACUCCUGUGACAGAAAGCCCCAGUGCAAAUCGAAUAACUCCAUUGAGCACUCCACCUUUGCUUCUUUCUACAAAAGCAGACUCUCCUAUAAAUCUCUCCCACCAAUCUUCUCUAGCAGUCAAACGUAAUUCACCACCAUAUGCUUGCAGCAUCCAGCCAGAGAGGUUAAUGAAUCCAGCAUCUAAACAUUUGAUAGAUCUUACAAAAAAUAAAGAAUUUCAAGGAACUAAACUGAACAGAAAUGAAAGUGCACAAAAUUCUGCAGCUUUCAGUGCCAGCAAGCUGUUGCAGAACUUAGCUCAGUGUGGAAUGCAGACUUCCAUGUCAGGUGAAGAGCAAAGAACCAGCAAACAGCUGCUAACAGUAAAUACAGAUCAAUCUGUAGGGUUGAUUGACAGAUUGAAUAGUCCUUUACUCACAAAUGUAUCACGUAAAUUUGAAGAGAAUAACAAAAUAUUCAGUUGUCAGUCUACACCCAUUGAACAAGAACUUCCCAGUUCAGAAAUAGAAAAUCUCCUUGAAAGACGCACUGUCCUUCAGUUGCUUCUGGGAACCCCCAAUAAAGGUAAAAGUGAAAAGAAGGAGAGGAUGCUUUUAAAAGAUGAAAGCUCACAAGAGCAGAUGGAUAGGGCUUUGAGUGAGCAAAUAUUGACAGUGAAAAUAAAAACUGAACCUUGUGAAGAAUCAAAUGCUCCUCAUAAUCCAAAUGCACAGCCAGUAAGAGAGAGUAAGGGUAACAAAUUUCAUGGAACAACUCAUUCAGUGCAGAGAAACACAUGUGCCUCUCCAGCAUCUGAGGACUUGAAACCUGAGCCUCCUUCACCUGAAGAUUUUUCUUUUUCAAAAAAUGGCUUGUUAAGUCGGUUGCUGAGACAGAAUCAAGAUAGUUACCCCGUGGAUGAUCUGGACAGAAGUCACAGAAAUAGUGAACUGACACUUCUAGACUCAAAGAGCCUUUGCAUCAUUCCUAAGAAGAGGAAAUUUCAUACUGAGCCUUCAGAAAGCCCAUUAAAAAAGGUAAAAAGUAAUGUGUCUGAUGCUUCAAACAAUCACAUAUCUCCUGUAGAGACAUUGUGUCGGCCUUUGCUUAACCAGCAAGAACUGAACUUCAACAGAAGUGAUCUUGAAUUUAAAUAUGCUGCUGGUCAUGGUUCAAAUAAUGACAGUGAAAAUAGGAGUUGGUCUAGAGAUAGUAAAGGCUUUAAUGUGUUGAAACAACUGCUCCUCUCAGAAAACUGUGAGAGAGAUUUUUCACAGCAUAGGAAUAAUACAGUAACUGAGGGCAAGAAGAAAGGAAACAAAAAUAAUGUAGCAAAUAAUAAACCCGAAUUUAGCGUUUCUUCAAUAAAUGCAAUGGGAAAUCCUGUGCAACCAAACAGUUGUGUGGAUCACAGGACAUUUCAGUAUCCAGUAGCAGUGAAGAGUCCUGCUAGUUCCCCCUUCUCUGAACAUUUGGGAUGUACAGUAUCUAGACCUGAAUCUGACCAAUUUAGUGUUUGCCCCAUACCUAGUGAAAAAGGCCCCAUCAGAUGGGUUAUUACAGGAAUGGACAAGGGUGAAUAUGAAAAAGACUCCCCACGACUAACCAAAUCCAAUCCAAUAUUGUAUUACAUGUUACAGAAAGGAAGCAAUUCCAUUAGUAGCCAAGAAGCACAUAAGGACAUUUGGAGUGAACCUUCAUUUAUGGAAAAUUCAACUCCUGUUACAGUAAAGGAGGAGUUAUUACGUGAGACAGAACCUAAAAUUCCUUUUCAUAAUUUAAGAAGCCCUUACAAUAGCCAUAUGGGGAAUAAGAGCUCCCAUCAACACAAUGUGAAUGGAGAAGGGUAUGGACUCUUGGAAAAAGUGCUAACAAUCAAAAGAGAACCAGAGUGAAAAAUAUAACGCCAACACAAUGAGUUUACAGUCAGUGGGUUUGAAUCUCUGUGUUUAAAAAAGAAAAAGAAGUAUGAACUGGAAUACUGUAUAAAUUGAGCAUGAUUUGAGAAAAGCAUGGUCUUUAUUGAAUCAUAUUUUCAUUUGAGAAACUUUGUUUUUCUGGUGAUAUUUAAAAACAUGUAGAUAUGUUUGCUUUACAGUAGAUAGUCACAAGGAAACUGAGAGCUGUAAGCUGUACAAGACACAAUUCUGUAUGCAUCAAAGUAAGUUAUGAAUAGUCUGUGACAGAAGUCUUAUUUGGAACUACAGGUAUUUAGGUAUAAAAUAAAGUAAGCAUAGAGCAAGGCGGUGGUAAUGCAUUCUGCUGCAUUUCAUUCUUUCCACGUACAUAGUAUAUUUCCUUUUUUGGCAGUUUGAGCAUAGAGACAAUGAAAUCUUUGGUAGUUGUUUAAUACAUUUUGUGAAAUGUAAAGGUGUGUUUUUUUCUUUUUUCUUUUUCUUUUUUUUAAAGAGAUGGAACAGUCUGUUCAGGGUAGUAGAGCAUCACAUUUGGUAGUCUGUCAGUGUUAAUUAAUCAAAUGCACUGAAAUGUAAUUUUUAGUGCUUCCAAAAUUUGUUUUUUAUUAUUUAAUUAUUUUUGUAGUUAUCCCCUAAUUAUUGUGUAGUAUCUUUUUUUUUCCCCCUCCAAGUUCUUCUUGACUAGAGCAUUCUGCAGAACCCUGAGUAGUAUUCAUAUAAAAUAGAGGUUAUAAUUAAAGAUUGUUUUCUAGUUUUCCUAGCAUUUUAUAUAAAAAGUAGAUUUUAAUCUACGCUGUAAACAAAACCAAAAAAAGUGAUGUCUUUUUGUCCACUUUUACAUGUUGCUUCUGCUGUCUUAAGCCAGGUCUACAUUAAAUAUUAAGUUGACCCACCUAUGUCUCUCAAGGGUGUGAAAAAUCCACAUUCUUUGAGCAACAUAGUUAAGAUGAUCUAACCUCCAGUGUAGACAGGGCUAAGUCAGCGGAAGAAUUCUUCCAUCAACUUAGGUACCACCUCUCACAGAGUUGGAUUAACUACCAUCAGUGUAGGAAGUGUCUACAAUGCAGUUGUGCCACUAGCAGUUUAAAUGCAGACAUAUAAAGGGAAGGUAAAAAAGACAUCUUAGAAUUUUUUGAGAUAAACAGACCUGUCCUCUGUGGCCAGAAAACUGCCAUUGAUUCCAGUUUGUGAAACACAUAAGCAAAAUGUUUUUUUUCAGAACCAUGUUGCUUCCUGUUAAAAGAACAGUUACUGUGUUUACAUAAUACAUAUUCUAUAUUGCAGUGGAAAUUGUGAGAUCUUGAAAAACCUGGUGGGUCUUCCUGUAAGUAGAGCCUAAUGCAUAUUCUGCAAAUAUUUAUUACUCUGUGAGCAGCUGAUCUGUGGUUAAUAUACUGGCCUUUCAUCUCUGAAAACCUAGAUUCAGAACAAUUUGUUAGGUGUCACUGUAUGUGAAAAUAAAAUUGGUGGUUUUGGUCUGUUCCAUAGUGGAUUGUGGAGAUCAUCUCAGAAAUGACCUGUCUCCUCUGUUCCGCUGCCUCCACCCAACAUUUUAUAAUAUUGGCAGCAUUUUUUCAAAAUCAGCCUCGGAGUUGAAGGUCAAAGCUGAGACACGUUGAAAGUGUUGUUGUGGGGGGGAAAGCUGAGCAGUACACGCUUUCCUAGUGGCCAGCCUGAACCCCAAGAAGCAUCAAACUUUCAUGGAAAAAUGCGAAGAAUUAUCUCCCCCCACUCCUGCAAAACAAAAGUAACUGUAUUAAUAACCAUAAGUACUGCUGAACCUUAUGUAUCCAAUACUGGAUUGUGUUCUCAAUAGCUACUUAUUUCAUUGAAAAUUCCCUAUGUUAUGAACAAAUCCUGAUAAUAUCAAGAUAAUGAAAGUUGUAGUGUGUUAGGGAGCACACAUAUUUGACAGUGUCCUAUACAAAACAUCCCACAAGGUAUAGAGCAUUACAGAGGGAAUGAAAGAUGCAUUUUUGUGUUGUCUGGGGAAAGCUUAAUAUAUUAUUGAGCUGUAGGAAGGAGAUAUGCAUUUUAAAACUUUCACAUGAGUCUAAUAUUGUUUUAAAUUCCAUUAUCCGUAGCCUGACUUCAGCUAUGCAGUAAAUUACAAAAAAAAGUUUGUUUUGUGUUUGUCUUUAAUAGUUAGCAAUGAUAAUAAGUGGCCUGCUGACAAAUAAAAAUAUGUCAUAGAAAUUAAUUGUUAACAAGGUAAACUAUAUUUUAGAUUAUUGCCAUUGGAGUUGAAUCUUUUUAUGAAUCAGCCUGGCAUAAAUAUUAGAAAAAGAUGGCAUUUGUUCCAUCCAUGAAAUGUGUCUCUUAAAGUCUUAAGUGAUUAUUUUUCUUGAAAUUACAUGUAUAUAGCUAUGAAAUAUAGAAUGAUAGAUGGUCCCUAGAAUAAAUACAAGGCUGUAGUUUACUUGAGGGGCACGGCUUACUUCAUAUACAGUAGGAGGCAGCUUGAAUGUGCGUGAAGUAGAUGUGAUUGGAAAACUUCUAUCAUAACAAAAUUCUGAUGAAAAAUGGGGGAACAUCAGACUAUGCUGUUUUCUAACCCUAGCAAGAAGUGACACAGAAUCCCUUAGUGGAUGCUUACCCUUGUAUUUAUUCUAUGGUAGUCUAUCGUUAUUUAUAAUAUAUACUUUUUAAAAUUGUUUUUUUAAGUUUAUGUGACAUUUAAGUUAAAAUGUUAACUGUUUUUAACCGUUAACAAUUUAGCUUUCCUUUUAGAUGAGGUUAAUGAAAGAAAAUUAAAACUCUCAGACGUCAGUAAAUUAAAAUACAGGAUAAUAUAAUUUUAGAACACAUUGAUAGAAAAAUCUCACCCAUGGCAGAAUUUGCAACGAUGAUCAGUAUGACCCUGGAAAAGAGGUGAGGGCACUCUUCUGGCAUGCAGUUCCUGUUAAACUGGUUACUUAAUACUGUUUGGUUAGCCACUGGUGGAUGGGGCAGAGCUAUUGUCUACAUUAGCUUCCCCAAUACCAAUGCGAUUCUUGUCUAGCAAAGAGAAUUAAAGCCUGGUUUGCCCCUAUCCAUAUUGACAAGCUGAAACCAAUUAGAAAGGUUAAGCUGAAUCUAAAAGGCCCGAUGGCCCUCUCUGUUAGCUGUCACCUAGGAGUUAUGGGGGAGGAGAUCACCAAAAUUCUCCUUAUGGGUUUCUCUUCCCAAUUGUUCCAUCAAACAGCAUGCAGAGGCAGGGUUUGCUUCACCAGCAAAAUAGUCAGUGGGACUGGCUCCCUAGUUGCAGCAAGUCCCCAGGUUCUGGAAUCCACAUGGAUUCUGAAGGAUCAGUGAUAGACUAAGAUCAUCCAUACAGAGGCCCUGUGUUUCUGCACUUUCUCACAGCUCUAUCCUUAGCAAAUCCUCAGCCCCAUGAUUCAGGAGACCCUUUCUUCCAGGACGUACGCAAUUGGUGGUUUUCUCCACUACCACUCCUCAAUGAGGGUUCCCAGUUGUGGGAGUGGGGGACAAAAGACAAUACACCCUGUAAGAGGAAGUGGUUGGGGUUGCAAGUAGACCUUUAUUUUUUUUUAGACCUGCAUGGAAGGAGCUUAAAUUAUCAUACUGUGGAUGAGAAUAAUAAGCUAGGAGAGGGAUGCAGGUUUGGUGAAUAUUGCUGUGAGGCCUGACUCACAAACUCCAGGUUUGCAGCAGCAUUAAGGUGACCAGAUAGCAAGUGUUAAAAAUCAGACAGGGUGGGGGGUAAUAGGUGGCUAUAUAAGAAAAAGCCCCCAAAAUCGGGACUGUCCCUAUAAAGUCAGGAUAUCUGGUCACCCUAAGCAUCAUGGAGGAAGAGAGGCUUGCACUUCAGCUACAGAGGAGUGCAGAAUAUUCCUGAUAGCUGGGGUGGAGCCAAGAAUUGCACCAAAGUUUCAAUGGGAAAUAAGGUCUGGGGGACUGAGGGAAAAAUUGCUGUUUCUGGUUUCUCUUCUGCCUCCGUUUUAGAAGUAUAAACCGCUGAGGUGCAUGUGACCACAGAAAGAAUAAAGGUUAGGAAGGCUUCCACUGAUAUGACUAAACCAUCAUUUCAGGUAGAGCAGUUUAUGAACAUCAGAAGAUUGAAAUGGAAUUCAGCCUAUUUGUCUCUUGUUUUAGCCAUCUAUUGUUUAUAACAUUUUAAAAUGUUUAAUUUACAUUUUUUUUUAAAAUAAACAUAUGAAUGAUUUAAAAUUUCCCUGCUAAAUGUUGUCAGUAAAAGAGUAUUAGAGCUCUCAUUGACGUCUGUGAAAUGUACCAGUUUGUUCUCUGCAGCAUCUUACAGAGGAGGUAAACUGGUAAGUAUAUAUUAUAUAUAUUAUAUAUGUAAAUAAUUGACUUGUUAAACUAUAAUAUGUUGAAAUUGGUUUUUAAAAGGUGAUGUAAAUAGUGGUUUCCUUAAUGAAAAAUACAUAUUUUGUAUUGUUCUAAUGGAAAGGAAAAAACCUUUUAAUCUUGUUUUUGGUUAUGUAUAUUCCAUGUAUAAGUGUAAAUAUGAUCACAUAGGUUUAAAAAUUUUGCAUGUAAGUAUACAGUUGCAAGUCUGGAAGAAUGUAUAGAAAAUACCUUUUAUUUAAAGUUGUGAUUACCUGCUGCAUGAAAAGUGCAUGGGGGACCCUGUGCAUUGGCAAAAAUGUCUUAAAGUCAGGUCAAUUCAUCAAAACACACAACAGUAUUCCAUUUUUGGACAUGACUUCUGCUGUGAUAUUUUAGCUUUGUGAAAGAAUGUGCUUCAAAUCAAAAGGGUCUUGAAAAAAACCUCAAAACUACUUUUAAAGAUAAAGAAUACACACUUGUAAUCAGUCAUACACGUUUUGAACUCCCAUUUUUAAAUAAUUGAAAUAUUGUACCAGGAGUAUUUCACCAUUGUUAAACAAUGGAAUGACAGUUCUCAUUGCCAUACAUAAGAAUUCUGGGGUUUACCGCAACCAAGUUUGUUGUGAUGUGUUUUCAGUAAUAUAACUGGUCUCAUUUUUUAUUAGAAAUUAAUUUCUUCAUGUGAUGUCACAAACCUGUACAUACUGCAGAGUGAAGUUUUUUAAAUCUUUCAGUGUUUACUUCCUGCAGAAAAUUGGAAUAAAUGAGAAAAAUGCA